GAUAGUUCUCUCAUCGGGAAAAAAAACGUUAUAGUAUUCCUCCGUGCGGGAAAGAGUAGGGUCACUGUCAAUCUAACGGUAUAAGAAUGGCUACAUCGGAUUUCGUGCUGGGCGGAGUGGCCGCCAUGGGAGCUGGAAUAGUCACGAACCCCGUCGAGGUGGUCAAAACUCGCAUGCAGCUGCAGGGAGAGUUGGCGGCGCGCGGCUCUCACGCCCAACCCUACAAGAAUGUCCUGCAGGCGUUCGUCACGGUGGCCAAGAACGACGGAAUACUCGGCUUGCAGAAGGGUCUGGCACCAGCGCUCUGCUUCCAGUUCAUCAUAAAUUCCAUCAGAUUGAGCACCUACACUCAAGCCGUGGAUAAGGGUUGGGUACACAACAAGAAGGGCGAGAUCUCGUUUGCACGUGGCAUGUUCUGGGGCGCACUUGGCGGCGUUGUGGGCUCCUACUGCGCCAGCCCCUUCUUCCUGAUCAAGACACAACUUCAGGCGCAGGCGGCCAAGCAAAUUGCCGUCGGUUAUCAGCAUCCGCACACUUCAAUGAGUGAUGCGAUAAGACAGAUAUACAGGAAGAGCGGCUUUCUUGGGCUGUGGCGCGGCUCCAUGGCCUCCGUGAGCAGGGCCACAGUCGCCUCCAGUGUCCAGAUCGCCACCUUUGGCAAGGCCAAGUGCCUGCUGAAAGACAACGGCCUUGUCACGCAGCCCACGUGCCUCUCAUUCUUCUCCGGUCUGGCUGCCGGAUCGUUUGUUUCGGUGGCGGUCACACCGUUUGACGUGAUUACCACUCGGCUCUACAACCAGGGGGUGGAUUCCCAGGGUCGGGGUCUAUACUACAAUGGUUGUCUGGACUGUGUUACCAAGAUCCUGCGAUCAGAGGGUAUUUACGGCUUAUUCAAGGGAUUCUGGCCCAUUUAUUUACGCAGUGCACCUUAUUCUACUUUGGUGCUACUAUUCUUUGAUGAACUGAUCGCUCUCCGCGAGAGUUACGCUCCCCACAAGUGAUACUACGAUAAAAAGUUUGUGUUUUGCUAUUUUUUAAAUAAAACGCCGAUAUGUUCCGCCUAUCGCACAAAAC